AUGAGUACAAAAACCUUGAGAAACAAAAAAUGUGGUGCGUGCUCUGAAGAACUUAUCACGCAAGAGCAGCUUAAAUGUAUUACAUGCAGUCUUAAAUACCAUUACGAUUGUAUAAACACCAGCAGCAAAAAAUAUAAAGAACUUUCUACUGAUUUUAAAAACAAUUGGGUUUGCCCGACUUGCCGAGCAAAGCAAGCAAAAUGUGAUAAUUCUGACACGCCUGUUCGCAGCUUUGGAAUCUCACCUCGAGACACGAGCAGUAACAUCACAUUAAGACGCACACAACCUACGCACUUAACUCAAAGUCAGGAAUCUCUCACUCUUGAGAGUAUAAAGCACAUAAUUCAUGAUGAGAUGAAUGAAUUUAUAAACAAAAUUGAAAGCAAUAUCAGCAAAAUGAUAGAAAAUAAAAUAAAGGGACUAACCGUGGAAAUCACUAAUCUAAACGAAUCUGUUCUUUUCAUUACUAACCAAUACGAAGAUUUAAAAAAGGAUAUGCAAGUAAAAUUUAAAGAUGUAAAACAACUAAAAGAAGAAAAUGAUUGCCUUAAAUCAACAGUAAAAAACCUCAAUAGUCGCUUAAGCCAUCAUUAUGGAGCAGCAUUCAAGAAUGAGCAACCUAGAGAUACAAUGUGUUACGGAACAUAG